UACAAUGAAAUUUUUAUUAAUAUAAUAUAUUGUUGUUGCUGUUGCCGUGUUAAUCGAAAAAAGUACAUAGAAUAAAUACAUUAAUAAUUCUUUAAAUUAAUAAAUGUUUAAGUAAAUAUUUGAAAAAUUCUUAAUCAGUGCUGAGAAUUCACAUUUAAUUUGGUGAUCGAUCCCUCCUCUCAACGUCUACAUUAUCUAGCUUUUUAAUUUCAAAAUGCUCAUACCUUUCAUCCUCGUCGUAGGGCAAAAAGCAGUUUGAAUUUGUAUUAUAAGUUUUAGCUUUUUUGGAGCUUCUUCUUUUGAGCAUCUUUUUCUUAUUUUCGUUCGUAAGAACAAUGGAAUUAUUUCUUAAUACUUUUUCUUUAUAUUGAUCCGUAAUGAUGACAAUCUUCUUUUUAUUUGUCAAACUGUUACGUCUCUUGCCGUCCUUUUCGUCGACAAUAAUGACUUCUUGUUCUUGUUUUUGAACUCGAUUUACAAACUCGUCCGAAAUGAAUAUUAAUUCAAUGGAUUCUCCAUUCUCUAAAUCCUCCACACCAUCCUCGUCAUCGUCAUUGAUAUUUCCAACAGACUUUGCUUUUGUUUCGUCAGGACUCUUAUCUUUAGGACGACUUGUUAUUUUUUCAAGUACCGUUUCCAUCGAUUUACAUGAUUUCAUUGAUGAUCUUUUCGAUGAGUUCCUUUGCAUGACUUUCAACUCAUUAUUAUUAUCCAUUGUGUCAUCAUUUGUAUUAUUAUUAUUAUUAAGUAUUGCUGAUUGGUGAAUGGUUACAUCUGUUGUCAUUAUUAAUGGUGUUUCGUUAGCAUCUUGUGAGGUAUUGUAAGUCUCUAACCUUUUCUUCAUUAUCAUACUACUCAGUAGCUCUCGUACACAAUCAUGCACAAGUUCAUUGUUGUAUAAAUCUUUAAGUGUCUUGUCACUUAAUUCUACGAAAUUUAAAUUACAUCUCUCAAAUGCUGGAUCAUCAUUAUUACUCUUAUGCUUAAUAUUAUUAACAGAAAAAGAUUCAUCAAAAAUUUUCUCAAAUUUUAAACUAAUUUCAAUCACAUCAGUGUAAGGAGUCGCGAGAUAACCACCAGAGAAUCGAGUUUUAUGGGCGGAAUUACAAAUACAGUAUGUUGUUGUCGUCGUCGUUGGCUUAGUCUUUUUAGGUACAUCAUUAUUAAUUUUCUGCUAGGUUUGAUUUGGAGGCUCAUUUGUCUCUAACUUUACAUUAUUAUCUUCGGAUGUUAUUGAUGACUUGCUGACUGUUAAGGAUAUAUCGAUAUCGUCACUUGACUUUAUUUCAUCAAAAUCAUCUUGAAGAUCUUUGGUGCGGAGCUUUAUUCGUUCGCUCCCUUUCUCCUCAUGUCAUUUAUUACUACUUAAGUCACUAUUCAUGAAGUUCAGGAGUCUCUCAAAGUAUGCCUUAUACUGCUCAAUGUCAUUGUGAUGUGCCUACAAAAUUAUUAGUAAUUUAAUUUAUAGUCAUACUCGCAGUAAUACUCAUAAUGUGUGUCAUAACUUACGCCUUUAAUCCAUAAUGGUUCAACGGCAUUUUGAAGUUGAUCGUAAAUCUGCAGACCGUGCGAAAAAUUGAUGAUCUCAUCGUGCGUGCCAUGAAUCACAAGAGUUGGGCUUUUAAUUUUUGAAACCUUAUCAAUAAUGGGAAAUGCAUCACAAAUCCAUGUCCUCUUGACAGGAAAUAAAAGUCUUAUACCAGACAUUAAAGGACUGUGUAAAAUCACGCCAGCAGUUUCGUAUUUUGUUGCCAAAUCGACAGCACAGGCAGUUCCAAUACUCUGUCCAUACAAUAUGACACUUUCACGUUUUAAAUCAUAGCGCUUUAAUAGAACGUGCCAAGCAGCCUCAAUAUCAGAAUAAAGAUUCUUUUCAGAUGCCGUACCACUCGAUCUCCCAUAUCCAGAAUAGUCAUAACUAAAUAUAUUAAUAUUCAAUUGAUGCACCAAUCGACAAUAAAAUGCGGUUAACAUUCCGAGGUCUGCAGCAUUGCCAUGAGAAAACAAGAAUGUAAACUUUGCUACUUUUGGAGAUCGUAUAUGAAGGCAAGCAAUUUUGUUCCCUUUCUUUGUUUUCGUAUAAAAUCCAUCAAAGUAUUCCUUAAUGAAUUUCUCAUCCAAACCAUUCUCAGCAUACUCGGGCAUGAAUACAAACUCAUAUUUUUUCUCUUUAUCUGAUUUGUCCUUGCUUGUCGUUCCUGAUUCACCAUUUUCUUCCACUUCUUUUAAAUCGUACGUGACUUUUGGAGGCAAAAAUGCCAUUUUCUGUAAAUUGAAUAAACAUUCAUUAAUAACACAAUAAUAAUAAGAAAUUGAUGUACUGGAUGUACCUGAGUAAUUUGGGAUGGACCUAAAUUGAUGAAAAAUUAUGUGGAAAAAUAAACAAUGAGUCAUAAAAACAUAAUUAGCUUAAUAAUUCGCAAGUAACUUACAUGCCCUAUCAAUACUUAACCCUGUUAUUGGCACAAAACAAUACUGGAAGGAACAAGCCCUGCCAUCAAAAAUCAUAAUAAAUAUAAUCUUCGGUCUUUAAAUUCUUUCAAAAUUGAUUUAACACGCAAAAAUAUCAGGGUAUUCUUAAAAGCAUCUAGACUCAGUUUAAUGGCUUGGCGAUCAAUGACCGCUGGCACUAACGAAGGCUUAAUCGAGCAGUUACAAGAACAUGGCAUUAUUAAGACAGAAAUCAUUGCAAAUGUAAUGAAACAGACGGAUCGGAAGCUAUAUUGCCGUGUAGCGUACCCUUAUGUUGAUAGACCUCACUCAAUCGGCUAUUCAGCCACUAUUUCAGCACCUCAUAUGCAUUGCUUUGCACUCGACAAUCUAUCAAAGUACUUGGAAAGACCCGAUUGUAGAAUUUUAGAUGUUGGAUCUGGCUCAGGAUUUUUAACAAUGUGUUUUGCACGUUAUCUUCAAGCAUCAUCACCCGAAGGAACUGGUUUUGUAGUUGGCAUAGAGCAUCAUCCAAAGCUUGUAGAAUUUUCUAUUGGAAACUUAAACUCUGAUGACCCAAAGUUCCUAUCAACAGGUAAAAUUAAAAUUAUUCAAGGCGAUGGACGAUUAGGAUGUCCUGAAUAUGCUCAAUAUGAUGCUAUUCAUGUCGGUGCUGCUGCUGCAGAAGUUCCUGAUAAAUUAUUGGAACAAUUAAAACCUGGCGGAAGAAUGAUAGUUCCCGUUGGACCUGCUGGAGAUACGCAACAAAUGGAGCAAUAUGACAAGUCAAUGGAUGGAGAGAUUAAGAAGAAGACGCUUAUGUCUGUAGUCUAUGUUCCUCUAACUGACUUGAAUGCAUGACUGACUUUAAUUUAUGUUUUGAAAGCAGCCAUCUUCAUUACAUUAAUAUUGAUAAUCAUUUGGCGCAUUAAAUAUGUUUUUGGAUAAUAAUAUUUAAAUUUUCUUGUAUUUUUCAAAGGAACUGAUAAAUACAUACUUCUUAUCUUGAACUUUUAAUUAUAAAACGUGUGAAGAUUUUUUUUAUGUGGUUUCUAAAAAUAGAUUAAGAACAUCUGAAUGAUAAAUACUCUGUACAGAUUGUGUUUCAGGGAAGUUUCUAAAAUAACCACAUUCACAUUUGCAAUUUACAAAUAAGAUUCUUAUCAUAUUACCAGCUAAUGCCUAUUUAAUAAGUCUUAAAGUUAAGGAUUUAUCACAUAAUCUCAAUGUUCAAAAAUUAUUAAAAAUUAAACCAAUUUUGGUUGUAGAAAAUUCGCUUUUGUAUCCACAAUUUCAUUGGCUAAUCAAAUUGAUAAAAUAAAAUAAAGCCAAACCCAUUUUUUUGAUUCUAAUCAUCUGUUUUGUUAUCAGUAUAAUUAUCAUGAAGCACUUCUUUGCUCUGAAAGCUCGCUGUUGUGCUUUUUGUUUCCUACUUUGCUGAAGAUUUGAAAUUGAACGAAAGUUAAUCCAGCAGAUUAAUCAUUAAAUCCAUCGGAUUAAAAAAUUAUAUGAUUUUUUGAAAUUUAAAAUUCGUUCAGUAAUCGUUUUUAACUUCAUUUCAUUUCAGUUUAACGUUUGAAUUUUAGAAAGUCGUUAAAAAAGUAAUUUCAUAAGGUUCAAUUCAUUCUCCUGAUUAAAUUAUUUGCCAUGGAUAUUGGAAAGGAACUGGCUUUAUUAUUAAUCUUUAUUUUUGCGGCUUUUAAUAUUAGAAAAAUCAGAUUAUAACACAUACGUUAAAUUUUGGAUAUAAACUGUUUAUUCAGGAAUCUCACAACCGCCAGGAACAAGCAUUGUGAUGUUAUUUCCAUUAAGUAGAAUUUGAUCUAAUUUUGUUACUCGCUUUCCUUCUGCAGUAUUCUCAAUUUCUGUGACAUCCUCGAGUAACAUAUUCACGAAAUCGUCAAAUCCAAGCAGUGUUCCAGUCAUUUCCUUAUCAUUUUUCAUUAAUAUAUGAAUUCUGGAUCCAAU